AUGGUAGCACUGAAACCUAUUGUGAAAGAAAUAGUCAUUGAGCCUAAACCGGUUGUUAAGCUCCCUUUCCCCACUAGAAACAAGAAAAAGGGACAACAUGAGAAAAACUUUGAAAAAUUCUUAGAGUUGUUCAAGAAGCUAGAUAUCAACAUUCCUCUGUUGGAGGCACUUGAACAAAUGCUUACUUAUGUCAAGUUCAUGAAAUACAUCAUUUCGAAGAGGCGAACCAUCGACGCCAACCCGAUUAUUCUAACCGAAACUUGUAGUGAUAUUUUACAGGGAGCUAGUGUGAGUCUUAUGCCGUUAUCCAUUUACAAGAAGCUUGGUAUAGGGGUUGUGCAAGACACCAGGAUGACACUCCAAUUCAUCGAUCAUUCGGUCAAGAAAUCGUAUGGUAUUGUUGAAGAUGUUCUUGUGAAAAUUGACAGGUUUGUAUUUCCGGUGGAUUUUGUAAUUCUUGAGAUGUCGGAAGAUGAAGAUAUCCCGCUCAUUCUUGGGAGACCCUUUUUAGAAACAAGACGGUGCUUGAUAAACAUAGAAGAAGGAACUAUGACGUUGAAGGUUUAUGAUGAGGAAUUGAAAAUCGAUGUUCGAAACACCAUGAGGUACAAGGGUGAUAUUUGUACCAGUCACACUAUAGAGGUUCUGGAUCAGGUGAUGACAUAUGAUAGUCCUUUGAAUACACCACAAUCACCUUUGGAAAGAGUGUUGAGUUUGUCCAUUUUCGAUAGUAAUAAAGAAGUGGACAACGGAGAAUCUGAAAUGUUGGCUUUGUUAGACGCAUAA